AUGCCCUCGAAUAGGAGAAGAAAACAUACAAUUUCUAAUAAACUAAAGAAAAGACCAGGAAAAGACAUUGAUCAAAUACAUGAAGAGAUGAAGCCGAACAAAGCAGCGAAAUUGUUGAACCAAGAGGUUGAUCUGGAUCUACCUGGUGAUGGACAGUUCUACUGUAUCGAAUGUGCAAGAUAUUUCAUAGACGAAAAAACAAGGAGAGGUCAUCAAAAAUCGAAGAAUGGGGCACAGUACUUCUGCUUUCUCACAGUACCGAGAAAUAUAAAUCUAGCGACAACUCUUGUUUUCAAGUUACACAAGAAUCGUCUUCGCACUCUGAAGGAAGUUCCUUACACAAUAAAGGAAUCUGAGGCCGCAGCAGGACACGGACAUUAUGAGCACGUCACCGUUAAGUCGAAGGUGAGCUUUAAGAUGGUUGUUGUCGAGGCUUGA